AUGGCGCUUUGGGAAAUAGUCGGUGGCAGCGAGGCAGGUGGCAUCGUGGUGCGUGAAGGACGAGAACUGAAGUCACCACAGGAGCCCGAACGGCUGGCAACGAAGUCGCUUGUGGAGGAGUUGGAGCUCGUUGGAGAACGCCUGCGCUACCGCCUUCAGAGUGGCCGUGGUCCUCAACAAGGAUGGAUCAGCAUUCGAAUUUCCGGCAAGGAGCUGGCUGUACGCCGUGACGAAGCCGGUCUAGCAAAUGGAGCACCACCAAAGUGGGUGGAGGAGUCAGCUGAGAAGAUGCGCGCGUUCCGCGAAGGGCGGAAGAUGCUGCCGCCUCCAGAACCUUGGACCAUCUUGGACCAGUGA